GCUAGCCAAGGGCAUUGCUCCAGGGGGGCAAAGGGCGGAAUGAAGAUCAGCGGGCUGGGGGAGACCCCGGGGGGCUUGACCCCUUUCCCCCUUCUUGCCUGUGGAGCCAAUAGCAGUAGCACUGUCUCUGGGACCCCCCCAACACCCCAGAACCUUACCGCGUGUGGUCCUAGGACCCCAGGUUGUCCCACUCUGGGACUCUUGAGACUCCCCAGACCCCCAAGUCCUAGCAGGGAAGGUUGGAAAAGUAGGAGGUUGGGAGUCCCCAGGCCUGGACCUGACCCUGGGUCUGUCACCAAGGGGCCACCCUCCCCAGCCCCGUACCCCAAUUUCUCUCUUGUGUAAAAGUCAAAGGUUGGACCUUGUGUUCUCCAAGGCCUGUUGCUGUGUCUUCUUUGGCCCCCAACACAGGCUGUGGGUGGGGAGAGGGGCCAGAUCAGAAGAACCCUCCAUCGCCAUGGUUUGGGGAGCAAGGUGGGGGCCUGGGGAGGGCCUAGGACAGGAGAAGCAGGGGUGAGGCAUGGAUGGGCCAAGCUAAAGCUGGGUAGGGGGCAUGAACCUGGUCCUGUGCUGACACGGACCCCCAACCUGGCCUGCAGAAGAGCCGCCCCUGUUGCCCCUUGGCCAGAACCCCCUCUGAGGUUCUUUCAGGAAAGAUGCUGCAUCUCAGUGAGAGGUUCUCACUCAGGGUGAAACAGAGCAGGUGCGACCAGACAGAUGGGACCUGGGGGUCGUGCCUGAAACGCCACUUGUACCUUGAAGCCUUGGGCAAGCUCUGUCACCAUGCUCGAGUCUGGGAAAGGGGGGCUCUGGCUCCCACGCCCACAGAGGUGGGAUAAAACGAGGCCCUGAGAGCACCUGGUGGCUCUAAGUUGCCUGUAGCCCUGCUGUUUCCUCGGGGCUCCCCGCCCCUUGAGUUGCCCCACCAGCCCUGCUCAGACAAAGGGGGCCCAGCCUUAUGUCUGCAGAAGCUUAAUGGCAGGUUGGGACCAUCAGGUUUGAGUCAUGGAGACAGAUAAUGAUAACUGCAGCAUGUGCCCUGGGCGGUGUUGUGUGUGUACCUCGUUCCAUGGGGGCCCCUGGGCCUUCCAUGGAGACCCUGCCCACACCCUGGCUCCUGGGCUCUGGUCCUGGGUGUGUGUGCUUCUGGUCCUUGACUGUGGUCCCUCGCCGGUGGGUGGCGGAGCUUCCACUGCUGUGGGCUGGGCUCGGUCAUGAGGUUGGUCCCUGCCUGCGUGUGUGGCAUUCCUGCCACAGUCCCCAGGGUCACUGUUCUUAGGCUGGACGGCUGAGCAGUGUUCCCUAGAAGGGACAGGUUUUCUGGGCAGGGAAAACCUAGGGGCUGGACCUGGCAGAGGGUGUAUGACCGGCUCCCUGGCCCUGGAUCUGCCCUCAGCUCAGUGGAUGCCCCCAGGUGUCCCUUUUGGUGGCUGCAAUAUUCAUGCAGCCCCUGGGGGCUGCUGAGCUGCCCCUGGUGACAGAGACUGGCUAAUGCACUGGGGCGUUUCUCCUCUGCUUUUUGCUUAGGACAGGGUGUGACUCUGAGCGUGAGGGACUGACAUGUGCCGGGCAUCCUGUACUCUGUGCACCCCCUAGCGUGCGCCUGCUCCUGGGUGAGUCAGGGAGCCCAGGAGCCAGGGUGUGGGCAGGCAUGUGCCCAUGUUGCAUGCCAUCACUGGCAGCCUCUGGGGGGAUUAAGGGCUGCAGUGGACUGCCCUGCCCUCAGCAGGAUGGGCAGGGCCUGCAGCCUGUAUCCCUGCCCCACCCUGCCCCUGUCCCUGCCCAGGAGUCACCCCAAGGCCUUCAGGGCCAGUUGGGACCAAAAAGAGAGGCAUGGAGGUGUCAGAGAGACGAUGGGCGUGGGUGGGCCAGGUUUCCCCCAGGAGAGGGGUGGGAGGUUGGAGGACCUGCCUGCGGUCCAGAGACCACCCCUUGCUGUAGAGCCUGUGCCCAGUAACAGGCUAUCAGAAGGACAACAGGCUCUGGGAACCCACGGGAAAUUGGGCUGUGUAGACUGUGGAACAUGGGUGCCGGGAGGGUAGGCCUUGCUGUCUCCCUUCCCUUCCCUUCCAGCCUCAGGAAGAGAGGAGGAUUUCUUGGGAGGCCACCCUGCAGCCUGGCUGUGGGGGUGACGUCCCAGCUUGUGGCCCGUGCCCACCCCGCUGUGACUUGCCCCUGGCUGUCCAAAUCUAGAAUAAUGAUACCUUGGUCUGAAAGGAAGCCCAGGGACAAACAGAGUGGGCAGGCCGCCCAGGGGCCUGGCAACCCAGCCCUGUCUGUGUGGUAGGUGCCACCCUGGCUUUCUCCCUGGGAGCCGCGUCCGCGUCCUCUGCUCCUCGCCAUCCUGGCACCCCACCCCAAUCAGAGCCCAGGUGUCUGUCCUCUGCCUCAGGUCCUGGGCAUCAGCCCACCUGGAAACCCUUGUGUCCUGGUCACCCCACCCCCUCCCGGGGGCUGAGCAGCCUUCCACUGCGCCACUCCCUGCUGCCUCUGGGCCCGUAACCAGAGCCAGGCUCCAGCCGGCUUUUCCAGUUGGAGGAGGUGCCCGGAGCGCCCCUGAAGGGGGUGGGGGCCCACACCCCGGAAGUCCUGGGCCCAGGGGCACUCUCUGCUCCAGGGGCAGAGGGAGCCUGGCCUGGCUUCAGGGACACCGGGUUUCCGGAGACGGAGCAGCAGAGCGAGUGUUCCUCGGGCUGCUCCGUGACAAGGGGUGGGAGGAGAUGCCUGGGAUCCGGGGGAAGGCCACGGGCACAAGCCGGGGGACGGCCGCCCAUCCUGAGCUCUGAGAGGGCAGGCGGCAUCAGAACGGGACCGGGGGCCGGGCAGUACAAGUGGUGAGAACAGGAGCCUCUUGGCUCCAGAGGGAGGCAAGAUGAUUCCGGUGGCCGAGUUCAAGCAGUUCACGGAGCCGCAGCCGGCCUUCAAGUUGCUCAAACCCUGGUGGGAUGUGCUGGCCGAGUACCUCACCGUGGCUAUGCUCAUGAUUGGGGUCUUCGGGUGCACGCUCCAGGUGACACAGGACAAGAUCAUCUGUCUGCCCAGUCAUGAACCCCGGGAGAACUUAUCAGAGGCUCCGUGCCAGCAGCUGCUGCCUCACGGGGUCUCCGAGCAGCUGGGGGGCCCCCGGGAGGUAAGCGGCCUCAAGAACAACCUGGACCUGCAGCAGUACAGCUUCAUCAACCAGCUCUGCUACGAGACGGCGCUCCACUGGUACGCCAAGUACUUCCCCUACCUGGUCGUCAUUCACACGCUCAUCUUCAUGGUCUGCACCAGCUUCUGGUUCAAGUUCCCAGGCACCAGCUCCAAGAUCGAGCACUUUGUCUCCAUCCUGGGCAAGUGUUUCGACUCGCCGUGGACCACGCGGGCCCUGUCCGAGGUCUCUGGGGAGAAUCACGAGGCAUCCUCGGCAGGGCUGGGGAAGGCAGGUGAGGGCGAGAAGGAGAAGGUGCUGGCAGAACCUGAGAAGGUGGUCACUGAGCCUCCGGUCGUCACCCUGCUGGACAAGAAGGAGGGCGAACAGGCCAAAGCUCUGUUCGAGAAGGUCAAGAAGUUCCGCCUGCACGUGGAGGAGGGGGAUAUCUUGUACACCAUGUACAUCCGGCAGACGGUGCUCAAAGUCUGCAAGUUCUUUGCCAUCCUGGUCUACAGCCUCAUCUACGUGGAGAAGAUCAGCUUCCUGGUGUCCUGCCAGGUGGACACCUCCGAGGUCACGGGCUACGUCCGCUUUUGCUGUAACCAUACCAAGGCCCACCUCUUCUCCAAGCUGGCUUUCUGCUACAUCUCCUUCGUGUGCGUCUACGGCAUUACCUGCCUGUACACGCUCUACUGGCUCUUCCAUCGGCCCCUCAAGGAAUACUCCUUCCAUUCUGUGCGGGAGGAGACCGGCAUGGGUGACAUCCCAGACAUCAAGAAUGACUUCGCCUUCAUGCUGCAUCUCAUCGACCAGUACGACUCGCUGUACUCCAAGCGCUUCGCCGUCUUCCUCUCCGAGGUCAGCGAGAGCCGCUUGAAGCAGCUCAGCCUUAACCAUGAGUGGACGCCCGAGAAGCUGCGGCAGAAGCUGCAGCGCAAUGCGCAGGGCCGGCUUGAGCUGGCCCUCUGCAUGCUCCCGGGGCUGCCGGACACCGUCUUCGAGCUCAGUGAGCUGGAGGCGCUCCGCCUGGAGGCCAUUGGCGAUAUCACCUUCCCCCCGGGCCUCUCGCAGCUGGUAAACCUGCAGGAGGUCAGUCUGCUGCACUCACCCACCAGGCUGCCCUUCUCCUCCCAGGCCUUCCUGCGGGACCGCCUGAAGGUCGUGCGCGUCAAGUGCGAGGAGCUGCGCCAAGUGCCCCUCUGGGUGUUCGGGCUGCGUGGCCUGGAGGAGCUGCACCUCGAGGGGCUCUUCCCCCCGGAGCUGGCUCGGGCAGCCACCCUCGAGAGCCUCCGGGAGCUGAAGCAGCUCAAGGUGCUGUCCCUGCGGAGUAAUGCCAGCAAAGUGCCAGCCAGCGUGACUGAUGUAGCAGGGCACCUGCAGCGGCUAAGCCUCCACAACGACGGGGCCCGUGUGCUUGCCCUGAACAGCCUCAAAAAGCUGGUGGCGCUGCGGCAGCUGGAGCUGGUGGCCUGUGGGCUGGAGCGCAUCCCUCACGCUGUGUUCAGCCUGGGUGCACUGCAGGAACUUGACCUCAAGGACAACCACCUGCGGUCCAUCGAGGAGAUCCUCAGUUUCCAGCACUGUCGGAAGCUGGUCACGCUCAGGCUGUGGCACAACCAGAUCGCCUACGUCCCUGAGCACGUGCGGAAGCUCCGGGGCCUUGAGCAGCUGUACCUCAGCCACAACAAGCUGGAGACCCUGCCCGCCCAGCUGGGCAUGUGCUCCAGCCUCCGACUGCUGGACGUCUCCCACAACGGGCUGCACUCCCUGCCGCCCGAGCUGGGCCUCCUGCAGAAUCUGCAGCACCUGGCGCUCUCCUACAAUGCCCUGGAGGCCCUGCCCUACGAGCUCUUCUUCUGCCGCAAACUGCGGACGUUGCUUCUCGGCUACAACCAUCUGAGCCAGCUCUCGCCCCAGGUCGGGGCCCUCAGGGCCCUCAGCCGCCUAGAGCUCAAAGGCAACCGCUGGGAGGCGCUGCCCGAAGAACUGGGCAACUGUGGGGGUCUCAAGAAGUCGGGGCUCUUAGUGGAGGACACCCUUUACGAGGGCCUGCCAGCAGAGGUGCGGGAGAAAAUGGAAGAGUGAAGCCAGGGUCGGGGGCAGGCUGAGGUACUCCCGGUGGUUCACCCCAGAAUCUCUACUACUGUCUUCUCGGGAGGUAGUCCAGUGGGCCCAGGCCAGGAGAGGAAGAGCAGAUGUGAGCCUUGCGGGGCCUGAGCCAGAUCCUGCGACUGGUUUGUCUAGGGAGGGAUGGGAGUCUGUGGAUUUGGGGUAAUGUCACAGAGAGAUUAACUCAGGAUUCACAGACCAAAACCAUGCCUGUGUCUUUGGCUGGCUGGUCUGCUCCCAGCCCUGGGCCAGAACUGCUGCCCUUCCCCCUGGAUGUUCAGUUAGUGCCACAUAUGGGGGAGGGUCACAUCCCAAUGGGAUUUCAACCCUUCCCCCCUGACCAACCCCAGAUCUGGGGUUCUCUCCCAAGGAGGGCACACAGACACAGGGGACCAGUGUGGCCCCCGCUCCCCACGACUUUGAUACUAAUCACUAUUUAUAAGUUGUUGGCCAACGAUACCUGCACAUACACAAACUCAGAAAAACGGUUCUCAUAUUUGGUGGUGCAUCAAAAUCAACAUCCCCAAAACAGAACAUCUGGGGCCCCACCCCUGAAAGACUGACUCAGGAAGUUCCUGGCCUGGAAAUAAGCAUCCCACAGGGUUCUGAUGCCGGUGGUCCUUAGUGCUGUCUGUUGGGCAAUGCUGACAGCACAGAUGUCCGGAUGUCUAGAGCAAGGAUUCUGAACCUUUUUAAGUCCUAGACCCUUUGAGCAGCUGAGAAAAGCUGGACACCUCCUUCCUCAGGAAAACGCUCAUGUACGGGCCACGUUCUGCAAACAAUUUAAGCAGUCAACGGAUACCCCCAAGCCCCUCAACAUAUCCAUUCAUGGACAUCCUAAGGUUGGCAUACCCCGGGGCUCAGAACAUCUGUGGAGAUUACAUUUCUCUGAGGAUGGGCACAAGCUUUAUCUUUCCAAUAUUACCUGUGCCAGGCAGUAUAUACCAGUAGGUGCUUAAUAAAUAACACUAAUUACAAGAACCAAAAUUCUUA